CUCCGACUCCCACUCCGACUCCGACUCCGACUCCGUCCGGGGCUAACUGCGGAGACCCGGAGCGAGCGUCUCGGAGGCAGGAUGCGAUCCUCGGGGACGGUCGGCGCCGCGCUCCUGGUGCUGCUGGCUGCGCACUUCCCGGCGAGUCCGGCGCUGGAGGAGAAGAAAGUUUGCCAAGGCACGAGUAACAGGCUUACCCAGCUGGGCACUUUUGAGGACCACUUUCUGAGCCUCCAGAGAAUGUUCAAUAACUGUGAGGUGGUCCUUGGGAAUUUGGAAAUUACCUACAUGCAAAGGAAUUAUGACCUUUCCUUCUUAAAGACCAUCCAGGAGGUUGCUGGCUAUGUACUCAUUGCCCUCAACACAGUGGAGACGAUUCCUUUGGAAAACCUGCAGAUCAUCCGAGGAAAUGUGCUCUAUGAAAACACUCAUGCCUUAUCAGUCUUAUCCAACUAUGGUGCAAAUAAAGCCGGACUGAGGGAGCUUCCCAUGAGGAACUUACAGGAAAUCCUGCAGGGCGCUGUGCGAUUCAGCAACAACCCUAUCCUCUGCAACGUGGAGACCAUCCAGUGGCGGGAUAUUGUCAGCAGCGAUUUUCUAACCAAUAUGUCAGUGGACUUUCAGAACCAACUGGGCGGUUGCCAAAAGUGUGAUCCAGGCUGUCCCAAUGGAAGCUGUUGGGGUGUGGGAAAAGAGAACUGCCAGAAAUUGACCAAGACCAUCUGUGCCCAGCAGUGUUCAGGGCGCUGCCGCGGCAGGUCUCCCAGCGACUGCUGCCACAACCAGUGUGCUGCCGGCUGCACAGGGCCCCGGGAGAGUGACUGCCUGGUGUGCCGCAAGUUCCGGGACGAAGCCACAUGCAAGGACACCUGCCCGCCACUCAUGCUCUACAACCCCACCACGUACCAGAUGGACGUCAACCCCGACGGGAAGUACAGCUUUGGCGCCACCUGCGUGAAGAAGUGCCCCCGUAACUAUGUGGUUACAGACCAUGGCUCCUGUGUCCGCGCCUGCAGUUCUGACAGCUACGAGGUGGAGGAAGACGGAGUGCGCAAAUGUAAAAAGUGUGAAGGGCCUUGUCGCAAAGUUUGUAACGGAAUAGGAAUUGGUGAAUUUAAAGACACACUUUCCAUAAAUGCUACCAAUAUUAAACACUUCAAAAAUUGUACCUCAAUCAGUGGAGAUCUUCACAUCCUGCCAGUAGCAUUUAGGGGUGACUCCUUCACACGGACCCCACCUCUGGAUCCCAAAGAACUGGAUAUUCUAAAAACUGUGAAGGAGAUAACAGGGUUUUUGCUGAUUCAGGCCUGGCCAGAAAACAGGACUGACCUCCAUGCUUUCGAGAACCUGGAAAUCAUACGUGGUAGAACCAAGCAGCAUGGUCAGUUUUCUCUUGCGGUCGUCGGCCUGGACAUAAUGUCCUUGGGAUUACGCUCCCUCAAGGAGAUAAGUGAUGGGGAUGUGAUCAUUUCCGGAAACCGAAACUUAUGCUAUGCAAAUACAAUAAACUGGAAAAAACUAUUUGGGACCUCAAGUCAGAAAACCAAAAUUAUAAACAACAGAGGUGAAAAAGACUGCAAGGCCACUGGCCACAUCUGUCAUCCGUUAUGCUCAUCAGAGGGCUGCUGGGGCCCGGAUCCCAGAGACUGCGUGUCCUGCCAGAACGUGAGCCGUGGCAAGGAGUGUGUGGAGAAGUGCAGCAUUCUGGAGGGUGAGCCAAGGGAGUUUGUGGAGAAUUCCGAGUGCAUCCAGUGCCAUCCGGAGUGCCUGCCCCAGGCCAAGAAUGUGACCUGCACCGGCCGCGGACCAGAUAACUGCGUGAAGUGUGCGCACUACAUCGAUGGCCCCCACUGCGUCAGGGCCUGCCCGGCUGGGAUCAUGGGGGAGAACAACACCCUGGUCUGGAAGUUUGCGGAUGCCAAUCACGUGUGUCAACUGUGCCAUCCAAACUGUACCUACGGCUGUGUAGGGCCAGGUCUUGAAGGCUGUGCAACGAAUGGGCCCAAGAUCCCAUCCAUCGCCACUGGGAUUGUGGGCGGCCUCCUCUUGGUGGUGGUGGUAGCCCUUGGGAUUGGCCUCUUUCUGCGCAGGCGGCACAUCGUCCGGAAGCGCACUCUGCGCAGACUCCUGCAGGAAAGAGAGCUCGUUGAGCCUCUUACGCCCAGUGGGGAAGCUCCCAACCAAGCUCUCUUGAGGAUCUUAAAGGAAACAGAAUUCAAAAAGAUCAAGGUGCUGGGUUCUGGAGCAUUCGGCACAGUGUACAAGGGACUCUGGAUCCCAGAAGGUGAGAAGGUUAAAAUUCCUGUGGCUAUCAAGGAAUUAAGAGAAGCCACGUCUCCAAAAGCCAACAAGGAAAUUCUUGAUGAAGCCUACGUGAUGGCCAGUGUGGACAAUCCUCACGUGUGCCGCCUCCUGGGCAUCUGCCUGACCUCCACGGUCCAGCUCAUCACACAGCUCAUGCCGUUUGGCUGCCUCCUGGACUAUGUCCGCGAGCACAAGGACAACAUUGGCUCCCAGUACCUGCUCAACUGGUGUGUGCAGAUUGCAAAGGGCAUGAACUACCUGGAAGACCGGCGCUUGGUGCACCGUGACCUCGCAGCCAGGAAUGUCCUGGUGAAGACACCACAGCAUGUCAAGAUCACCGAUUUUGGGCUGGCCAAACUGCUUGGUGCUGAGGAGAAAGAAUACCACGCAGAAGGAGGCAAAGUGCCUAUCAAGUGGAUGGCUUUGGAAUCCAUUUUACACCGAAUUUAUACCCACCAAAGUGAUGUCUGGAGCUAUGGAGUCACCGUUUGGGAAUUGAUGACCUUUGGGUCCAAGCCUUAUGACGGAAUCCCCGCAAGUGAGAUCUCCACCAUCCUGGAGAAAGGAGAGCGCCUCCCGCAGCCGCCCAUAUGCACCAUCGAUGUCUACAUGAUCAUGGUCAAGUGCUGGAUGAUAGAUGCAGACAGUCGCCCAAAGUUCCGUGAGUUGAUCGUUGAAUUCUCCAAAAUGGCCAGAGACCCCCAGCGCUACCUCGUCAUCCAGGGAGAUGAGAGAAUGCAUUUGCCAAGCCCUACAGACUCCAACUUUUAUCGUGCCCUGAUGGAUGAAGAGGACAUGGAAGAUGUGGUUGAUGCCGACGAGUACCUCAUCCCGCAGCAGGGCUUCUUCCACAGCCCCUCCACAUCCCGGACACCCCUCAUAAGUUCUCUGAGUGCCACCAGCAACAAUUCCACUGUGGUUUGCAUUGAUAGAAAUGGGCAGAGCUGUCCCCUCAAGGAAGACAGCUUCUUGCAGCGGUACAGCUCAGACCCCACUGGCACCUUGACUGAGGACGACAUGGAUGACAGUUUCCUCCCAGCGCCUGAGUACAUAAACCAGUCCGUUCCCAAAAGGCCUGCAGGCUCUGUCCAGAACCCCGUCUAUCACAAUCAGCCUUUAAAUCCAGCUCCUGGCAGAGACCCUCACUAUCAAAAUCCCCCCAGCAACGCCGUGGACAACCCUGAGUAUCUCAACACCACCCAUCCUGACUGCAACAACAGUGUGCUUGAUGGCCCUGCCCUCUGGGCACAGAAAGGAAACCACCAAAUUAGCCUGGACAACCCUGACUACCAACAGGACUUCUUUCCCAAGGAAGCCAAGUCAAAUGGCAUCUUUAAGGGUCCUGCAGCUGAAAAUGCAGAAUACCUAAGGGUAGCACCACCAAGCAGUGAAUUUAUUGGAGCGUGACCGUGGAGGAUAGCAAAAGCCGUAACAAUUCCACACUCUUCAACCCCGCAGGACCAAGCCACAGCAGCUACUCCAGUCCUGAUGGCCAUGCUCACGUUAACUCUUGGACCCAUGGACUGGUUUGGCCAUAUUUGCUCUGAUAGGUCCAUCUUUCAACCAGGAAGCACCUUCUACUCGGAUGCACUUUGGGAAGUUGCAGGGACAUUCCUGGAACAUUCCUUUGUCUUCAAACUGUGAGGCUUCCAUGAAAGGCAUCCAGAAAGAAUGUUGUCCAUUUAAACAGAAGUUCACCCUUCAAUGAGAUAUAUUUGGAAAAAAACAAAAUAUACAUAAAGAGUUUUAUUGUUUGUGGGACCUUUGGAGUUUUUGAUUGUCAUUAUUGACUUUGUUUUCAAUGGGCUUUGCCGAUGAGGAAGAAGCUUGCUGGUAGCACUUGCUGCACUGAGUUGAUCCAGGCCCGACUGAGACCAAGAAGCUAGGGCCAGUCUUCCAGUUAACACUUGAUUCCAUCAGCUCUGCAUCAAGACUCUUCCAUUGCAAGACAAUUAAAUAAACAAGAAGUCCUCCAUGUCCUAAGCAGGCCUGACUGGUACUGUGUCAAAUCACGGCAGGUACAAGAGGAUAAGCCACUUUGAACCCUUCCUGGCAAGGAAGAAACAGAGGGGGUAGAAUUCUUCCUCAGACUUUUAUAUAAAUGUCUCCAUGGUACUUAACUCCCCAUUGGUUGACUAGUGUUUUCUAAUUAUAAGUAUUAGACUGACUUGUUUAUUUUCCAUUGUUUUAAAACUCAAUAUGCUUU